CGGACAGAACAGAGCGGGUUCUGAUGACACGGCUUCAAAUUAGGAGGCAAUGCGUUUCUACAGCACGGGAGAUGCAUUUAAAGCGUUACUGCAAUAACAUGGCAACAGGAUACAGGAUGAGAUGUUACGCGUUGGUCUAACGCUGAACUAUGACCGUCGCACCUGCAGGAGGUCUGCGUUUAUACAGGUGUGUUACCUGUAGCUUCCACGGAGAAGGGAUUGGGUUUGCGGUAUCAGCUCUGGACUCUUGCCGGAACAGUUUAGACACCGGUCUGCUACAUUUCUCUUCUAGCCGGUGUUUCAACCAAAUGGAAGACGUUGGCGGUGGAGGUCCGGCAUACGUACGUCUGUGUCCAUACCACGUUGGGGACAGCACAGGCGUCUUGAUUUGAACCUGCUAUCAACCUGAAGCGUCUAUUGUUCAAAAGCAUCUAGGACGGACCAUAGCAGUCGCUUGAUGAGCUUUCUGAAGAGGUCGCUUUUCAGUGUUGUGACUAUUUUAUUAUUUGCGCACGGUUUGCUUUCUAGCAAGGGAUUGGUGCAUUGUGGAGACAAUAACACGCGGGGUUGGCAAACCCGGCUGCGCUCCUGAAUUUCGCUGAAUAUAGCACAAUGGCCGUAGUUCGACUGGAAACUGUGGACCAUCAGGAAAACGGCUUUGUGUCCUCAGAACCGGCUUUCGCUAGAUUGCUCCCGCAGAUCGAUGGCUCCGUUUUGCCAUUUCUUGGGGGAUUUGGGAAAUACCAGAAACAGCUAAUUGUGCUUACGUGGAUCCCAGCGUUAUUUAUUGGAUUUAGUCAGUUCUCUGAUUAUUUUCUUCUAGCUCAGCCUAAUAACACAUGUGUGUAUCCGGCUGUCAACAAGGGGAACUGGACUGGAAGUUCUCUGUCGUUAAAUGUAACAACUGGCACAACGCCCGCUCCGUUUACUCAGGGCAAUGACACUAAAAGUGAUACUAACAACACCCAAUGUAUGUGCAAAGAAUGGAUAUUCGAAAUGGAAACUGGACUCAUACAAAAUGUGGUUACCAAGUGGAAUUUGGUGUGCGAUUCCGCAUGGAAGGUUCACAUUGCAAAGUUCUCUCUCGUGGUUGGUUCCAUUUUUGGAUACUUGGUGAUGGGAGUUCUAGCUGAUUGGUUCGGACGCCACCCCGUCCUGAUCGUCUCCGUGCUGUUCAUGCUGGUGUUCGGGCUGACGGUGGCCUUCUCCGUCAACGUCACCAUGUUCAGCACCCUGCGCUUCUUCGAGGGCUUCUGCUUGGCCGGGAUCACACUUUCCUUGUAUGUACUGAGGAUCGAGCUGUGCCUGCCCGGGUGGCGCUUCUCCAUGACGAUGGUGGCCAACUUCGUGCUGCUGGGCGGGCAGCUCCUGAUGCCAGGGCUCGCCGCCCUGUGCCGGGACUGGCAGGUCCUGCAGGCUCUCAUCAUCUGCCCCUUCAUCCUCAUGCUGUCCUACGUCUGGGUUUUCCCGGAGUCCUUGCGGUGGCUGCUGUCCACUCAGCACUACUGCAGGUCCAAAGGGCUGAUGCAGCAAAUCGCCAAGAAGAACCAGGUGGACACCGCGCUGGACACCAGCGGGAUCCUGUCAGAACUGGAAAGGGAACUUCAGAAGAAGCCCAAGAAGACGUGCAUCGUGAAGCUGGCGGGGACGAGAAACCUGUGGAAGAACAUUGUGGUCCUGUGUGUGAAUUCGCUGACAGGGUAUGGUAUCCACCACUGCUUCGCUCGCAGUAUGAUGGACCCUGAAGCGAAUGACCCCACCAUGUUUCACAGCUUCUACGCAGACUACUUCACCAUGGCGGGCAUCGCCGUGGCGUCCUGCAUGGCGCUGUGCCCGGCUGUGGGCUACAUGGGCCGGCGGGGCGGCCUGCUCAUGUUCAUGAUCAUCACUGCCCUGGCAUCAUUGCUGCAGCUGGGCCUGCUCAACCUCAUUGGGAAAUACAGCUUGCACCACGACACAGUGCUGAGAGACACACUCAACAAGAAGUUCUCGGUGGCAUUCUCCAUCAUCGGCAUGUUCUCCUCCCACGCCGUCAGUAAUCUCAGCAUCUUCUUCUGUGCGGAGAUCACCCCCACGGUCAUCAGGGGUGGGGGGCUGGGCCUGGUGCUGGCCAGCGCGGGCUUCGGCAUGCUGACUGCCCCCAUCAUGGAGCUGCACAACCAGAAGGGCUACUUCCUGCACCAUGUCAUCUUCGCCUGCUGCACCCUCAUCUGCAUCAUCUGCAUCCUGCUGCUGCCUGAGAGCCGCCACCAGGCCCUGCCCGAGAGCAUCGCCGACGGGGAGAGCUACACCCGCCAGCCCCUGCUGCCGCCCAAGAAGCCCGGCGAGCAGCACCUGCUGCUGACCAAGUCGGAGACCAGGGACUACUCCCGCGUCCAGGACACGCCCGUCCACCAGGCUGCCACCGGUGCUGCCGCUGCUGCCUCUGCUGCCGAGGUUGAGGUCUCGGAGAACAGCACCGCCAACGGGGUGAGGUCAUCAUGAUGGCAGGCUCCCCCCCCCCUUUCCCUCCCCUCCCUUUCCCUCCCUCCUCCCCCCACUCUGCGGGAGGAGUGGCUUUCGGCGGCCAGGAGGCCCUGCAGUACCCCACGGAUCCUGCAUAAUAUGACAGAGGACUGAAUGGCUUUUGUGCAAGUGUGCAAGCUGCUCCACCAGCAGACAUCCCACGCGGUGAGGAGGAGGCAGGGUCUUUGUCCAGAAAUGCCCACUUGGAGCCAUGCGCACCUCCCCACCACACACAGGUUUGCUGACAGGUUUGUGUCCGAGGACAUUGAGCAACGCUGUUUUACUGAUGUGAAGCACCUUUCUUGCCUAUUCUUGAAUGUCAUUGCUUGUAUCGCACGCGGUUAAUACCGAAUGUUGGCUGAGAGAGCUGCCAUUGUAUCUUGGUGCUCGCCGCUCAAGGUGUGGAGGGUUAGCUGGGAGAGUGGACAGUCAUUGAAUGUGCACCUUUUUCAUCUGAAUCCGCGUGAACAUUUUCAGACUUUUAAGUAUUACAUCAAACAGAAGGGAAGUGUGAUCUCCAAAAAAAAAAAAUCACAAGUAUUUGCCUAGUUGGCAGGUUUGGUGUCGCCCAAACUGUGUCGCAUAUGAAGUAAAAUAGCCUCAUAAUACAAAGUGUUUAAUCCCAGAACCAAAAGGACACAAGACAUCCCUCAAAUGGACUGAAGAAAUGAGUCUGAUAGUAAACAGUGGUAUAGUUAGUGUUUAGCGCUGUACAGUAGAUGUUAUAGAUUGCACAAAACAACUGACCUGUGUGAAUUAUGAAAGUUCAAAGGUGAGGAGAUGAUAUGAAAUCCUCUUGCCCACAUCUUUUCUUAGGCCAUGAAGUGAAAUAUGUUUUUCACUAUAAUACCUUUUUUUCCAUAUUUUUAAUUGAGCUUUUAAAAUGCUGGUGUUGAUACCGAUAGUCUUGUCACAUAAAAUGAUAGUUAUGGAGGUGGAGAGGGUGAGUCAGUCCAUGACAAAGCUGUAAGCCAUAGUGAUUACUAAAAAUGUCAGGUUUUAAGAAGCAUUGUGUUUUUCCUACACAGCUUUGGUCAUUUUUAGCUCUAGAGCUUGCAAAAAGAAGUAUCUGCUGUGAAUCAGAUAUCACUAUGGCUGAAAGAUUUGUCCUGGAUUCAGUCAGCCCUAAAAUUGUGAUUGUACCAAAAAACACUGCAAUCCAGUUCCCUAGUUACUGUUACUGAAUGAUACCAUUUGGCAAAAGAAAUUGUUUAUUGACUAUGCCAAAUUGGACUAUGCAGGUGAAUUGUUCUGAGGGUUGUAUCCUGUGGGUGACAAGACUUUUAGGGUUCACCUUUUAACAUUCCUUAAGUUUCUUGCACUAGAUUCAAAGACACAAUCAAAAUGUUUGCCAGCUAAUUCUUGUGAAUGUAGUGGUGUGGGUCCUCUUUUACGUGUUGUGCUGUGUUACUAACUGAUGGCUUAGUCAUGCAAAAAAAAAAAAAAAAAUAGAUAUUUCACAAUUUUAGCAUAUGAAUGAUGUGGCCCCAGUGCAUAUUCCUGAGGGGUCUCUGUUACCAUGGUUGCGUAUUUUGAAGUGUCACUUUAUCCUUAAUGAUGGGGUGUCCAACAUGCAUUGGUUCACCGUGGUGAAGGAUGGCUAAAGGGGAUUCUGUGAACUAAACAGAAAACCACUUCAGAUCAUUGUUACUGUAGAAGUAGAUACAGUAUGCUUUAAUCUCUUGUUUGAGAUAUGCAAAGCAACUUGUUGUAUGUACCGUGCCCACUGGUUGUAUGAUAAUGUAACACAGUCCAGUACCUUGUGCUCCUUUGUGUUUUAGCAUAAUGUUACUGGAUCUGUGCGGUAAUUCAUUUUUGAACCACUGUUUACACAAAUGUAAAAAAACAAGUACUGUACAAACCUGACCUUUUAAUUUAUUUUUUUUUCUGCCUUGGGGGAUACACACUGUAUAUUGCCAAGUAAUUGUGUAAUGGUUGAGCCAGCCAACAGUAACCCUCUUACGUUUGGAUGACCUAACCUUUGGUUUGAUCUCAAACUUGUAUGAAUUGUGUACAGCACCCCUGUAAAUUAUGACUUUACAGUUUUAGUAUACCUAUCCCAACCACGAACAAAGAAUGACACAGGCAAUGUCUUAAAGCACAAUUUUUUUUCAUAAUUAUGAACCCAUUAAUUCAAACUUUUUUUUAGUGUGGGUUUAGGUAAAUAUGAACAUGUUUAAACACCACUUUUUAAAAAAAAAUUGGACAUGCCCCUCGCUCCCUCCUUUGCUGACUGAGGUGGAAGGGUAACCACAACAGCAAUGUGUGUGUGUGUGUGUGUGUGUGUGUGUGUGUGUGUGUGUGUGUGUGUG